AUGUUGUUGCUGUGUGUUGGUUUUCUGGCCAUUUUAUACGUUUUUUAUACAAUUAUCUUCAGGCUUCUUUUCCAUCCGCUGGCCAAAUAUCCGGGGCCGUGGCAAGCCGCCAUUACAGACUGGUAUGCCGCAUUUUAUGUCUGGAGAGGCAAUUCACAUGUUAUGCUGUUGGAAACACACCAAAAAUAUGGCGAUAUUGUGCGAUUUGGACCAAAUUCUCUUUCUUUGAAUUCCCACACGGGAUUGGCCGCUAUCUAUUCGAGAACAGCCAAUGUCCGAAAGGAUGAUGCUUAUGUGGUCAUGAGCGCCAGCCUACAUGCCCCUAACACUAUCAGCUGUAUCGACAAGCAGGCUCAUGCGUUCAAAAAACGGAUCCUAACUCAAGUUUUCACACACGCCGCCUUGAAAGGAGUCGAGGAUCGGAUACUGUUCCACGUAAGAAGGUUCUGCGAUAAAAUUGCGCCUGACGACAAGUCCAAUGAGACCAAGAAGAACUGGGGACAUAUCAAAGAUAUGGCGGCUCUUUCUGAUUAUGUGGCUUUUGAUAUCAUCAGCGAUCUAUGCUACGGCAAGAGUUUCGAUAUGCUUCGAUCGAAAAAAUUUCGGUCAUUUACCAAGAUCACAACCACGCUUAGCCGUCGAAAUGCAGUGUGCUUUGUUCAAUCGAAACUGUGGCGUUUCAAGCUCGACCGUAUAUUCUUUGCGAACCUUCUUUCUCAUAUCAAGGAAUUUGGGGCUUGGAUCAGACAGCAAGCUAAGGCUCGUACUGAGCUGGGGAAUAAUGUUUCCCAAAAGGACUGCUUUCACUACAUGCUGAAUGCUCGAGAUCCUAAUACUGGCGAGCCAUUCACGGAGAGGGAAUUAUGGACAGAGUCGCUACAGUUGAUAGUCGCUGGAUCUGACACCAUUGCGGUUGCUUUAAGUGCCACUCUGUUUCAUCUUGCUCACAAUCACGAAGCAUUGAACAAACUUACAAGAGAGAUCCGUUCUAGCUUCAAUAGCGUGGAGGAUAUACUUAUGGGAAACAGACUCAACUCAUGCAAAUUCCUCCGCGCAAGUAUCACUGAGUCCCUACGUAUGUCACCUCCCUUUGCAGGAAUCCCAACUCGUCGUGUGCUAGCGGGUGGCAUUGAUGUUGAUGGCCACCAUCUACCCGAAGGAAUCAUAGUCGGUACACCCAUAUACACGAUUCACCAUGAAGAGAGGUACUAUCCUCGGCCAUUCAAAUUUGACCCUGAGAGAUGGCUUGAGUUAGAAGAUGGUAACGAGGAAUCGGUCAGAAAUCAAGCCAACAACAUCAAGCUAGCAACUACCGCAUUUUGCCCAUUCAGUAUUGGACCCAGAACAUGUGUUGCUAAGAACAUGGCUUGGGUGGAGCUGUCUCUCAUAAUUGCGCGACUAGUCUUCCAAUAUGAUAUGCGUCUACCACCAGAGCACUUUGUCAAAAAGCCACAAUGCUGUGGCUCUGUCAACAACGGUUUUGAGAGAAGUCCGGAAUACAAGUUGAAGGCCUGGAUAGCUUCUGGGCGCGAGGGGCCCUCAAUUCAAUUUCGGAGAAGCGACUUAUCAUAG